AUGGCGGAAAGGGUUAGCGAUACCAUAAGAAAAGAGAUUAACAAGUUUUAUGAAUUAUCCCAUUUUUAUAAGGCUUAUAAGCAUUAAAUGGAUUGUAAACCUACUGGACAAUUUAAAAAAAGUCAGUAUACCUGAGACUAUAUCAAAACUAAGUGCAGCAGGCAUUAUUGAUGAUCUUGAAGAGGUGUACGCAAAUAUAUAUGAAUUAGGAAAAAGUAAGAAUUUUAAGGAAAAUUUUAAGGUCAUCUUGGAAGUGAUGAUCAGAGAAAUAUGAGAGAGAAAGGAAAAAGAAAACUAUGGUAAGCAUUUAUCCACUGCUUAUUUAUUAGAAAAUUCUAUUAUACUGAAUAUGAAGAGAUCGACGCACUUGGAGUCAUCGGCUUACCAAGAAGAUGUUGAUUUUCAAAAAUAUGGAAAUGCAAUUGAAUGAAAAUUUUUUAAUUUAGGCAAAAGCUCUGCAUAGAUUGAAUGGCUAAUCUUGCAAAGUAUUUUUAGUCUGACCAAGACAUUUUUUUAUCGAGGACGGCAAUGCAUUUUGUUUUAUCAAAUAUAUCUCCAAGAGAUCAUUCCUAUCUUAAAUUAAAAUGCUAUUUAAUUCUGAUUUAGUUUUAUAUAUAAAAAAGUCCUUUAGUCCAAAAUAAUACUUUGCAAGAUCACCUAUUCUAUCUAAGCAAAGCUUUUGCUUAAAUUAAACAAAUUUUCCUUCUAUUGCAUUCCAUAUUUUUGAAAAUCAGCACCUUCUUGGCUAACCCGAUGUCUCCAACGUCGUCGAACUCUUCAAAUUAAGUAUAAAUCUCCUAGAAGAAAUAUUGAGAGUGGAAAAACGGAAGAAAAGAAAACUGUUAAAAAUAAUAAGUCAAGAAGAAGUCAGAGCCAUCAAGGGGAUGAAAUUUAUGUAAAAGAUAUAUAGAGCGAAUUCAAUAAAGGAAAUGGGUAUUCUUUUGGAACCGCUCCAAGAAAAGCAGAGGACAAAAAUAAAGCCCCAGGGCCAGGAGCAUAUACACCGAACACAGAAUCUGUAAGAGAUAGAAGUCCGAGAGCAGUAAUGCCAAACACUGAAAGGCAAAGUCAAAUGAUCAAAAACUCUUCUCCUGGGCCUGCUUAUGCACCUUAUUAUCAUUUCGUAUCAAAAUAA